CGUGGGGCAAACGCUCUUACUGGGUUGGAGAAAUGGCCUCAGAUAAUAAGACCGUCGCUGCCCUGGGUCGACCUUUCACCCUGGGAAUGCUCUAUGAUGCUCGGACAGAUGAACUGAUCCCAGGUUUGACAAUGUGGGAUGAUAAAACUCUACAAGACAAGAUAACUGAAAGCUCUCAACACUCCAGUGCAUUUGACAUGGCUGCGUCUGACUCCACUGAAUCCAAGUGCACUCUGCUGGAUGUUGAAGCUUCUCUGAAGGUCAGUUUCCUGGGUGGACUGAUUGAAGUUGAAGGAUCUGCCAAGUAUCUGAAUGAUCAGAAGAAAUUCCACAAUCAGAGCAGAGUGACACUUCAGUACAAAGCUACCACCAACUUCAAGCAGUUAAUGAUUGAUCAUCUAACCAUGGAGCCCCAACAGAUGGAUGUCAUUCAGAAGAGCUCAGCAACACAUGUAGUCACAGGCAUCCUUUAUGGGACAAAUGCUUUCUUUGUGUUUGACAGUGAGAAGUUAGAGGCCAGCAGCGUUCAGGACAUCCAGGGCAGCAUGCAAGCUGUAAUAAAGAAGAUUCCCUCAUUUGAUUUUGAGGGGAAAGUUAAGAUUCAGCUGACUGAUGAAGAAAAAGCCCUGACACAGAAAUUCUCCUGCAAAUUCUACGGAGACUUCAUUCUUGAAAGCAACCCUGCAACAUUUGAAGAGGCAGUGAAUACCUAUGUACAACUCCCAAAGCUACUGGGAGAAAAAGAAGAGAAGGCUGUUCCAGUGCACGUCUGGCUGAUGCCGCUGAAGAAUUUCAACCCCAAAGCGGUUGAGCUGAAGAAUGAGAUCACAGACAGAUCAGUAUGGAAGGCCCAGGAUAAUCUAGAAGAUUUAAGGGAAAUAGGAACAAGAUGCAACGAUUCUCUAGAAGACAAAGUGAUAGAGAAUUUUCCUGUGAUUCUUAAACAGUUGAGCACUUUCCAAAAAUUGUGUGGUUAUUAUGCAUUCAACCUCGAGCAGGAUUUGGCAAAGAAACUUCCCUCCAUCCGUGAAGGUAAAGAAGAUGAGAGCUCACUGAACCAACUCUUUGAAGACAGAGACAAGUCACCAUUCAGUCAUGAAAAACUAACCAAGUGGCUGGAUCUUAAAGAGAGAGAAAUCAACGUCAUCAGAUCCUGUGUAGAUACCAUGGAGGGAACAAAGAUCGUCCCAAAUCAGUCAGCACUGGACAGACAGGUUCUUGCUCCAGGUGUAGACGAUGCUCUGUGCUUUGUUUUCACUUCAGUGGAAAAGGGCGAUACCGACCUUGAUGUGAUGGCCGAUUACUUGAACUUCCCUAAAUUAGGAAGUACCAAUGAAGAUCCAUGGUACUACUCAGAUGAAGUUGUUACCAAAAUGAGAGAAAAAGCCAAAGCUUUCCAUCAAAUUGCCAACCCACUGAAGAACAACAGUCAAUUCUGUUUCCUCAUAGCAACCAUUGCAAACAAGAACCACACAGGAGCAACCGUCUACCAUUACAAGAACCACAUCCUGGUCAGUGAAGAUUUUUCAAAGCCUGUCCUCCCUCCUGUGGAGACCAUCACAGACAGAAGAGAUCUGAUCUGGUAUGCCUGUGAUCUCAACCUGGACCCCAACACUGCAAACUACCACCUCACUCUGUCUGAGAGAAACAAGAAGGCAACACAUGGAGCACGGCAGUCGUAUCCUGAUCGCCCAGAGAGGUUUGAUAAACAUCCUCAGGUGUUGUGCAAAGAGAGCUUAUCUGGGCAACAUUACUGGGAGUUUGAGUGGAAUGAUUCUUCUGAAGAAGCUAUUUAUGUUGCCAUUGCAUACAGUGAAAUUGAGAGAAAAUCAGGCCGUCCAGAUAGUCUAAUUGGAAGAAAUACCAUAUCAUGGGCUUUUGGCAAAAUUGCUGGAAGUAAGAUACACUCACUUAAAGCAUUUUAUAAUAAUCAGGUGGUGUGGAGCAGUCCUUAUCCCUCUGAUGACUGUAACAGAGUCGGGGUGUAUCUGGACUGGCCUGCCGGCACUCUGUCCUUCUACAGAGUCUCCUCUAACACACUGAGGCACUUCUACACCUUUCGCACCACAUUCACUGAGCCUGUUUACCCAGGAUUCAUGGUCUAUCAUGAACAAAACUAUGCAUACCUGUGUCCACUUGAAUAGGAGUAAUACUUCUCGGAUUCUUGGUCUGUAAAUGGGGAUAUGGGUUUACAUUUUAUCUUGAACAUGAUUCACAAAUUUAAACAAUGCAUUCAAACCCAGAGGGACCAGGAACAUUGAUGAUUUUAUCAAUAGGUGGCUGUUUGUGUGAUUUUCUGUCAAUAUGUUCAUGUUAAUUUGAUGCACAGCCUUCUUCUA